AUGGUUUCAGUGCUUCAUUCUAUAAGUCUACUUGGCAAAUUAUUGGUGAGGAGGUUACAAAUGCCAUUGAGGAAUUUUUUUACAUUUGGAAAGCUUUUGGGUGCAAUUAAUGCUACAUCAAUUUCUCUUGUACCCAAGGUAAACUGUCCUAAAUCCCCUUCAGAUUUCAGGCCAAUUUCAUGUUGCAAUUGUAUAUACAAGUUCAUUUCGAAGAUCCUUGCCAGCAAAAUCAAACUUGUUCUUGGUUGUCUCAUAAAUGAAGCUCAGUCUGCUUUUGUUAAAGGUAGACAGAUCUCAAACAAUAUUUUACUAGCACAUGAGCUUGUCAAGAAUUAUGGUAGGAAGUCUAUUUCUCCAAGAACUAUGCUAAAUAUUGACAUUAAAAAAGCCUUCGACACAAUCAGUUGGAGUUUCUUGGAGGAUAUGUUAAUUGGACUUGGUUUUCCCAAUAAGAUGAUUACAUGGAUCAUGGCGUGCGUAACUUCACCAAGGUAUUCUAUUUCUCUUAAUGGUAUCCUGUAUGGAUACUUUAAAGGGGAAAGAGGUCUAAGACAAGAUGAUCCCCUCUCCCCCUACUUGUUCAUCCUUGGCAUGGAGUAUCUUUCAAGGAGCCUUGAUAAAUUGAAGCAUGAUAGUUCAUACAAUGCUGUAUCUGGUCUUGAAGCAAAUCAAAGCAAAUGUUCAAUUUAUUUUGGGGGAAUGGAUGCGACUGUCAAAGCCUCAAUUCAGAAUUUCUUGGGGGUCUCUGAAGGUGCCCUGCCUAUAAGAACAGAUCAAGUGCUCAGGCCUCCGUUGGUUGCUUGGGACAAAGUUUGCACUGGUAAAAUAUAUGGAGGGUUAGGCAUUUUUUCUGCAACUGGUUGGAACAUGGCUGCUGUUCUUAAAACUUUAUGGUCCAUUCAUGAAAACAAAGAGUCUAUGUGGAUCAAAUGGGUGCAUGGCAACUAUAUUAAGAAUGGAGAUGUGUGGAAUGUGGAAAGCAAGAGGAAUGAUUCCUGGUUAUGGAGACAGAUUCUUAAAAUCAGAAACAAAGCCAUCUCUGAAUGUGGUGGAAUUGAUAAUUUAAAGAGUUUGAUCAGCUCCUGUUAUAAGAACUCCAAAAUUCAUAUUUCAGGCCUGUACAAUGCCCUAUCUCUGGUAUCUACAAAAGUUCUAUGGCAUGAUACAGUUUGGGAGAACUGGAAUUAUCCCAAACACAACUUUGUGUUCUGGUUGGCAAUCCAAAACAAGCUUCUUACUCAAGACAAACUUCAAAGCAGAGGUAUUAUUCUUUGUGUUCUGGUUGGCAAUCCAAAACAAGCUUCUUACUCAAGACAAACUUCAAAGCAGAGGUAUUAUUCCAUCAAAUUGCUGCAGCCUAUGUUCAGGUGCUUCUUACUCAAGACAAACUUCAAAGCAGAGGUAUUAUUCCAUCAAAUUGCUGCAGCCUAUGUUCAGGUGCCAAUAUGGAAAAUAGAAAUCAUCUCUUUUUCUCCUGUUCUUUCUCUCAAGUAG